AGCCUUAAUCCAUCAGAGGACAGAGGUAAAUGUGGAAGUGUACUAGACAGCUAAGGUAAUAGUUUGCUUUCUCUAGAAGGGCAGUGCCCCCUUCCUCUGUCUCAGCAUCUGCUGCUUACCCUGUACUAACUUUGGCAGAUCCAUUUCAUAAGCUGACUCAGUAUCUAAAGCUGGCAGAAAGCUAACCUAGCAAAAAAGAGUUUUCUGCUAGUGUAGUAAGUUGAAUUAGCUUGGUGAGGCUCUAAUGAGAGCUAGGUUAAUAGUCCCUCUGCUCUUUCCCAAGCUGUUCUAGCCCUUUUAUGUACCCUCACUAUUAAGUGGGGUGCUGCCCUAACAGCAUAAUUUGUGGUUACUUCACUGCAGCAGGAGUGAAGUACUGAUCAGGAGAAUGUUAGAGCUGGAAGUCUGUGGGUUUUGGAUAUGUACCCUGUCACAAGAACAACUGUGCAUGUAGAGAGUAAGCAAGUGAGAACCAAACUGUCACAGGCCUUUAAUCACUGGCUGAAUGUUCCAGAAGAUAAAAUACAGGUUAUCAUUGAAGUGACAGAGAUGCUGCACAAUGCAAGCCUACUUGUGGAUGAUAUUGAAGAUAACUCAAAGCUGAGACGGGGCUUUCCGGUGGCACACAGUAUCUAUGGAAUUCCAUCUGUAAUCAACUGUGCUAAUUAUGUGUAUUUCCUUGGCUUAGAGAAGGUUUUAACCCUUGAUCAUCCAGAUGCUGUUAAAGUUUUUACCCGUCAACUUUUGGAACUCCAUAAAGGUCAAGGCUUGGAUAUUUACUGGAGGGAUACUUACACCUGUCCUACAGAAGCUGAAUAUAAAGCUAUGGUACUGCAAAAGACAGGUGGUCUCUUUGGAUUAGCUGUAGGCCUCAUGCAGCUGUUCUCAAAUUAUAAGAAAGACUUAAAGCCACUUCUUAACACACUUGGCCUCUUCUUCCAAAUAAGAGAUGACUAUGCCAACUUGCACUCCAAAGAAUAUAGUGAAAACAAGAGUUUUUGUGAAGACUUAACUGAGGGCAAGUUCUCAUUCCCAACCAUUCAUGCCAUUUGGUCAAGACCUGAAAGUACUCAGGUGCAAAACAUUUUACGGCAAAGAACAGAGAACAUAGAUAUAAAAAAGUACUGUGUACAUUACCUUGAAAAUGUGGGUUCCUUUGAGUACACUCGGAAUACAUUGAAAGAGCUUGAAUCUGAAGCCUAUAAACAAAUAGAAUCACUUGGGGGGAACCCUGAGCUCGUAGCACUAGUUGAACAGCUGAGCAAAAUGUUCAAAGAAUCUGAAAAUUAAAAUACUUCUGGGGGUGGAUCAGAACUUUUAAAAAGGGAAAAUAACCAGACUGUGAGAGGUGUGAUAUAAUCAGUCUUGUUUAAAACCCUCAUGUAGCCACAUUACAGAAAUUACUGUUAAAAGCAAUUUGUCACUGAGUAUUGAAAUAGUUACCCUAUUAUCUAUACAGUCUUAACUGUAACUGCUUGCAGAUGGCUUUUUUUAAAGUGGGUGUACUAGAAUUGAAACAAGUUUUGACUCUAAAUGUAAUCAUCUUUAUGCAAUUGUUGGCAUUGUUUCAGGCCUAAAACUCUCAUAUCUUUAACCAGGCUACUAUAGGUUUCUGGCUGAAAUUGUGUUAAAUCAGAAUUUACUGAAUGUAUUGUGCAUUUUCAAACAAUGGUCUAGUAAAACAAAAUAUUUGAUGCUAAAUAACAAGUUAUUUUCAACCACAAUGCACAUAAAACUGUUGUGUGGUAUUUCCAAGUUAGGCUUGUGUAGAUCAGAUGGAUCAGCUUAUGAAGCGAAUAGCCUGUCUAGCCUCUGGGGAUAUUUUCAGGGGAGUGUGAAUUACAAAAGAUAGUAUUUUAUAUGCAAAUAAGACUAAUGUUUAGUCUGAAUAUGUAGCUUUAUAAAAUUGUCCAAGUACAUUAAAGCAAAGAUUCCAUCACAUCAGCAAAGCAUAAAUUUGCUGCUCAUUCCAGCUCUGCAGUGAAUAAUUUUAUUUGCCUGGUUUUAGAUUUCUAAACUGUCAAGUAUUUUGUAGCUAGGAACUCAAAUCUAUGCAGUAGAGUUCAUAUAUGUAACUGUAAAUAGCAACAUCAUAAGUUGCUACUAGAAAUGGAAUGGGAUUCACUCUAGGUCACUUCAGAACACCGUAAUAGGUGUAGGUCUUGUUAAUCUCUGCUUAUAAUUGAGAAGGGAUUCUCCAGGAGGUAAUUCAUUAAUGUCCUGAAUUACUAUUUAGAGGCAUGGUACAGAUCUCUCCAAAGAGACAAGUACUGUAAUUUUUUGCUAAAACGAAGUACAGUAUCUUGUUCUACAUGCUGUAAUACCACUUCAGUUUUGUUAAUGGCUUCAACGGUACUUUAAAAUUACAUACAGAUACAGCAAAAUGGAACUGGAACUGAGCAAGGUUGAGGGGGAAAGGCCGAUAAAUGACAAAACCCUCUGCUUAUCUAUAGAUAAAUACAUACAUAUAAAGGUGAACAAAAUUUAAGCAGAGAUGUUUGUUUCUUCUUGGCUGGGCUGGCUUUAAUUGGGUUCAGUUCCUUUAGUCUUCACAGCCACAUAAAGCUUGCUUUGGUGUAGGGAGGUAAUGGUUUGGAUGAAAUGUAGGACUGGUGCUGUCAUUGGUGGUGUUGGCUCAAGCAUAUUCUCAAAAGAAAUGGCCAGAGGUGCUUGGCUUCUGACAACUAAAGGAUAGUUUUACACAGGUGUUCAUUUACUGUUCUGGAAAGCAGGGAGAGUUAUAGUUUCAACCCGCUGAGAAGACUAACUGUAGAAGGUUGCUGUAAUGUCUUCCCUGGGCAGCCUUAAGCUGCUUCUGAAAGUGAUCAAGCAUGAAAAAAUUCAGGAUGACUGCUUUUAGUCAGAGACAUUAUGUAGUUAUGGAUGAUAGCCUAUCCCUUUUAUCUGCAUGCUGAGGAGGAAUCUUUGCUCUGUGAUUAGGCACAGAAUAAUAAAUAGCCUUUUCACUCCAAGGACCUAGUUGCCAGGACUGAAUGGCUGAAAGUUGAUGAAAGGUGUCUUUAGUGUUAAUGUCAGUGAAUUGUAAUUCCUUUUUCAUGACUUGCAGUGCUCAGUAGUAAGUCUGUAAAUCUGUUUUAUGAGAAAAUACUAUCUGCAGCAAAGUAUGUUUAUGUUGUGCCAUGUCUUGGGAGUUUCUAGGCACCUGCAGUUCUCCUUGAAUGGGGGAAAGCACCGGAAACACUACUGCUGUCAGAGAAUCUCCUAGUCUUACUGUAAAAGAUAGCCUUGUGCCUCUUGGGAUAUUAUAACUGGCAAUGUGAAGUGUGCUUAGUGCCAUUUCAUGCCUGCUUAGUUGCUGGAUGUAAACAAUUAUGCGUAAUCAAGCUUUCCCAAUGAGGUAGCUUUUCUUAUUUUUGUAUAAAACUUCUCUACCAUCUGA